CGCGGGGACUGGGAGAGAGCAGGUAAUAUGCUCUAGAGUGGACUCGUGUUGGCAGCUCUAUUCUAACAGGACUUCUUGGUACAGGAACUCGGGAGCAUGUACGAUUACCUCGCAAAGAUCAUCCUCCUUGGGCCAAGCGGGUCAGGAAAAUCCUGCCUCCUUCAUCGCUUCGUGAAAAGCGAAUGGCGCGUCCUCUCCUCACAAACGAUCGGCGUCGAAUUCGCCUCCAAAAUCAUAAAAGUCGGCACCGGCGCCCGCCGAAAGCGCAUCAAGCUACAACUCUGGGACACCGCCGGAACCGAACGCUUCCGCUCCGUGUCACGCUCCUACUACCGCGGCGCCGCCGGAGCCGUGCUCUGCUACGACAUCACAUCCCACAACAGCUUCUCGAACCUGCAGCCCUUUCUCAACGACGCCCGCGCACUCGCCUCGCCGAACCUAAGUCUCCUUCUGGUGGGCAACAAACUCGACCUAGCCGGGGGUGGCCAACCCGCCGACGACGAGGACCUGCUCGGCCCGCUACCGCCACCAACACCAAGCAGUAGUAGCGCGCAUAGCAUCCCGUAUACGAUUAGUAGUGUGCAUACGGGGAGCGCGAGCGUCAGCGUGGCCGGGACGCCGUUGCAAGCGGGGAGCUACGCUUCGUCUACUACGUCCACGAUCCGCCCAGGAGAUAGUACGGGUACGAGUUAUGGGUAUGGGCUCGGGUCGCAACUACGAGCUACGGUGGCGCCCGAUGGACGAGAGGUUUCGGCUGUGGAGGCGAGUCGAUGGGCGAGCAAAGUCAACGUACCGGUGACGAUGGAGGUCAGCGCCUUCAGCGGCGAGGGUGUUGAUGAGGUGUUUGGGAGACUGGCGAGGAUGAUCUUGACCAAAAUUGAAUUGGGUGAGAUUGAUCCAGAUGAUCCGAUGAGUGGGAUCCAAUACGGCGACUACGGAGGUGGAUGGAGCGGUGGUGCGAGUGACGGAGCGAGCAUCAAAAGUUCUAUGACCGGGGAAGAACAAGGCACAAGAAAUAGGAGGCGCAAGCCCAGGAGAGGAGUCCAGGGGUUGAGGGAAUGGGAGGAAGUAUUUACGCUCACCAGUGGCAGGAGGAGGAACAAUGGUUGCUCCUGUUGAGACUGCAUGGGUUGUUGUUUUGGGUCGUAUUUUCUGGGAGAAGGCGUUUUCUUUCCUGCCUUACCUAUGAUACCAGAUGUGUCUUGCUUGUUAUUUGGUCUGAGCAAUGUCACAUCCCACGUUUUGGGAGACGGAGGGGACAUGUUGAUAAGUAAGGGCUUUUUUUGAAGGGUUGUUAGAACUGGCGUCGGCGGAUCGGUUUCUUGGGCCUUCGUUUUGCAUAGCCUACCAUGUAUUGACUUGAGAAUUAUGGCAUCUGUUGUAUCUCCAUGUUUGGCGUUGACUAGACUUUGAUAUCUUUACAAAGAUUAUUAUACCUCUUUUCCU